UUGGUUUCUCGAAAAAAAAAAAAAAAAAACAUUCCGAAAAUUUCUUUUUAAUAAAAAAAAUAAGUUAUUUUAUCUUCUUUGUAACGGUUCCUCCUGUAGUAGUAGAUCAAGAGCGUACUGGGUUUUCAAAUUUGUUCUUACAAAAUCCAAUCUUUCAAAUCUCAAUCGUCUCUCAGUUUUUUCAAAUUCAUGGGUUUCGUUUCUCUUAUCUUUGUUUCAUUUCGUCCUUUUAAAGUACAAGAUAAGAUUUUUUGAGUGAGAAACCAGUGACUGUGAGCAGUAAAAGUGAUCGAGUUUCAUUGGUAUAUUGGCUUUCACAGUAUCAACGAGCCGUUGAAACUUGCAAGCAAAAAACAAAACCUGAACCCCAUGAAUGUUGUGGCAAUUCUGGCAUCUGGGUCAGACUCAAAAUUUGAUUUUGAGUGAUGGGUUGCGUUUAUUCAAGGGUUUGUAUUGGGGAGGUUACAACUCCGAGAAUCAAAGGGACACAGCGAAAUGCGAACACAGCGGCUGAGAUCGGUGUGUUUUCUCCAGCCUCAUCAACGGACGGUCAAGAAGCCGAAAUUAGAGACCAAUUGAACCAAUUGAGCGUCACCAGGGACUCAGAGUUUGGAAUUACAAGGCUCUCGAGGGUUUCCUCUCAGUUUCUACCACCAGAUGGUUCAAGAACCGUGAAAAUUCCCUCUGGAAACUAUGAAUUACGGUACUCGUUCCUGUCUCAAAGAGGGUAUUACCCUGAUGCUCUAGAUAAGGCUAAUCAGGAUAGUUUUGCUAUUCACACCCCAUUUGGUACAAACCCAGAUGACCAUUUCUUUGGGGUUUUUGAUGGUCAUGGUGAAUUUGGAGCACAGUGUUCUCAGUUUGUGAAACGAAAGUUGUGUGAGAAUUUGCUUAGGAAUGAUAAGUUUCUUGCGGAUGCGGUUGAGGCUUGUCACGGUGCCUAUUUAACGACCAAUUCGCAGUUACAUGCUGAUAGUUUGGAUGAUAGUAUGAGUGGAACCACUGCAAUUACUGUAUUGGUUCGUGGUAGGACUAUAUAUGUAGCAAAUUCAGGUGAUUCAAGGGCGGUUAUAGCAGAGCAGAGAGGGAAAGAUGUAGUGGCAGUGGACCUUUCGAUUGAUCAGACCCCAUUUCGGGCUGAUGAGCUCGAAAGAGUUAAGCUUUGGGGAGCUAGAGUACUUACAUUGGAUCAGAUUGAGGGGUUAAAGAACCCAGAUGUGCAGUGUUGGGGAACUGAGGAAGGCGAUGAUGGUGAUCCGCCGAGAUUGUGGGUGCCCAAUGGGAUGUAUCCAGGCACAGCUUUUACAAGGAGUAUUGGUGAUUCGAUUGCUGAGUCAAUUGGGGUUGUUGCUACCCCUGAAAUUGUUGUUUUGGAGCUCACGCCGGAGCAUCCUUUCUUUGUGCUUGCAAGCGAUGGGGUGUUUGAGUUUCUAUCUAGCCAAACCGUGGUUGACAUGGUUGCUAAAUAUAAAGAUCCCCGAGAUGCUUGUGCCGCGAUUGUUGCUGAAUCUUAUAGACUUUGGCUGCAGUAUGAAACUCGUACAGAUGACAUUACUGUGAUCGUUGUGCAUAUUAAUGAGCUAACUGAUAACGCUGUUGGUCAAUCAGCAACUCCUGGUGCUGUUUUGCGACCCCCAGCUCCUCAUGUUAUAGAGGCAACAGGAUCAGAAUCUCCGUCGACUUUUAGCUGGAACUCUAGAAACCAUCGUGCAAGGCAUGAUUUAUCACGGGCACGUCUCCGUGCCAUUGAAAGUUCCCUAGAGAAUGGUCAAGUCUGGAUUCCUCCAUCUCCAGCCCACAGGAAGACUUGGGAAGAAGAAGCACACAUUGAACGGGCACUGCAUGACCAUUUCCUUUUCAGAAAACUUACUGAUACCCAGUGUCAUGUUUUGUUGGAUUGCAUGCAAAGAGUUGAGGUCCAGCCAGGGGAUGUUGUUGUUAAACAGGGUGGUGAAGGUGACUGCUUUUAUGUUGUUGGCAGUGGGGAAUUUGAGGUCUUGGCAACCCAGGAAGAACAAAAUGGAGAGGUCCCUAGGGUUCUGCAGCGCUACACAGCUGAGAAGUUAUCAUCCUUUGGGGAGCUGGCUUUAAUGUAUAACAAACCACUCCAGGCCUCUGUUCGUGCUGUGACAAGUGGAACUCUCUGGGCUUUAAAGAGAGAAGAUUUUCGAGGAAUUUUGAUGUCAGAGUUCUCUAAUUUGUCAUCCUUGAAGUUGCUUCGAUCAGUUGAUUUUCUUUCAAGGUUGACAAUCUUACAGCUGAGUCACAUUGCAGAUUCCCUUUCCGAAGUUUCCUUCUCAGAUGGGCAGACGAUAGUUAACGAAAAUGAAGGUGUCUUUGCAUUGCACAUUAUCCAGAAGGGACAAGUGAGAAUUACUUUUGACGCAGAUUUAUUGAGGAAUCCAAAUGUCUCCAGCCUCAAGUUUGACAUUCUAAAAGAGAAUGAUAAUUCCCAGAACAGUCCAGAGUUCUCAUUGGAGAAAACAGAGGGAAGCUAUUUUGGUGAAUGGGCACUUAUUGGUGAACCUAUAGGUUCCUUGAGAGCAGUCGCAAUGGGUGAUGUUGUAUGUGCUGUUUUAACAAAAGAAAAUUUUGAUUCAGUUGUUGGCCCUUUGACAAAACUUUCUCAGGAUGAUCACAAGUCAAGGGACUACUCCUCAGAUUAUCCCAAGGAAUCUGCCAAAAGUAUUGAUGUUUCAGCUUUUGCCGAAGUUCAGCUCUCUGAUUUGGAUUGGAGGACAUGUUUAUAUUCCACUGAUUGCAGCGAGAUUGGGCAUGUACUUUUAAGAGACUCAGAAAAGCUUCUUAGUUUGAAAAGAUUUUCAAAGCAGAAGGUCAAAAGUCUGGGAAAGGAAGCACAGGUCUUGAAAGAGAAGAAACUGAUGAAGAGUUUGAGUCCUUCAGCUUGCGUGCCACAGGUUCUGUGCACCUGUGCUGAUCAAGCAUAUGCUGGCAUACUACUAAAUGCAUGCCUUGCUUGCCCUUUGGCUUCCAUACUUCGUAUUCCACUCAGUGAACCAUCUGCACAGUUUCUUGCCGCCUCUGUCAUUACAGCGUUAGAAAGUCUACACAAGAAUGGUAUUCUCUACAGAGGCGUGUCCCCUGAUGUUUUAAUGUUGGACCAAACAGGAUAUUUACAGCUGGUGGACUUCAGAUUUGGGAAGAACAUAGAUGACCAGAGAACAUUUACAAUUUGUGGAAUGGCAGAUUCUUUAGCUCCAGAGAUAGUCCAGGGAAAAGGCCAUGGUUUACCUGCUGACUGGUGGGCAUUAGGAGUCUUGAUAUAUUUCAUGUUACAUGGUGAAAAGCCAUUUGGGUCAUGGAGAGAAAGUGAGCUUGAUACAGUCGCUAAGAUUGCCAAAGGGCAGUUAAAUAUUCCAGAGACUUUCAGCCCUGAAGCUGUUGAUCUCCUCACCAAGUUACUUGAAGUUGACGAAAACACGAGACUUGGAAGCCUAGGUCCCGAUUCUGUCAAAUGCCAUCCGUGGUUUUAUGGUAUUGACUGGAAAAGGAUUGCAGAUUGUAGCUUUCCAGUUCCUCAUGAGAUCACCUACCGAAUAACGCAACAUUUGGAAAGUCACUCUGAGGACUGCACUACCCUGAGUUCUUUGGCUCAGGACGUAGAAGAUCUCAACAUUCCUGAAUGGCUUGAUGACUGGUAGAGGAAUGACCAUUUCGGGGUUUCCACUUCUUGAAACUCUUCACUGGUAGGGUGCUAUGCUCUCCAAUGAGAUUUGACUAGUUGCUUAUUUAUACAAUUAGAACCCUGACAGGCAGAAUCAAUGGAGAAUGAGGAUUAAGUUUCAAGCUCAAAUUUGGUUGCAGUCCCAUAUAUAUUUUUCUUGUGGUAAAAUAUCAUAAUUGAUAGAGUUGGAAGAAUAUUUCCUUAAGAGUGCUUGCACUGCAACCCAAUUGUCCAUUUAACCAGUUGGAAGGAGAGGUUAAGGUUAGUGAAUAGAUUUUUUAUUAUUUUAUUAAUUUUUUUAUUUUUGUGAAAUUUCCUUAAUGUAAAUGCAUAUAUUAUAUGUAAAUGAAUGAGGUUUCGUUUUCUUUUUAUAAUGAAAUUCUAGU